AGAGUCCGUCCACACGUGCUCCCAAAUAGCGAGUCACGCCUUCGCCUUCCGGGAAGCUGGGACAGAGGAGCCCUUAUCAUGCCUCCUGCGCCUUGUCAAUUGCAAAAAACCCUAUCGCAGAGUAGCAUGCCUUGACAUCGCGCAUUAUUCCACUCAAGAUACAGAUCUCCACCGGCAUCGUUACGUCCAACUCUCAGAUAAAAACAGUAGAUAGCGGCGGAGGCAGCGGGAGGAACCACCGAUCUCUUAGAUAUGGCACAUCUCUGGAAUGCUGUUCUUGCGGUGAUUGUGGCAGUGGUUGCGGGGCGAGCUCAGGCUGCUGGAGAAUGCAAGAGCCGUAACUUUGGCCACGGAAGUGUUGUGUGUGUUUGCAACUCUUCGCACUGCGAUGAACUAGCCCCAAUCAAGCCAGAAAGACCAGGGGAAGCGCUUAUAGUCACAUCAAGCAAGUCAGGUGCAAGAUGGAGGAUGGAAUACAAAGCAUUUUCUGACUUCAGCAAUGAGAUAAUUUCAUCUGGUCCUGUUCUUGAACUUGAAAUAAACAGUAAUGUGUUUUACCAAGAAAUCAUUGGCUUUGGAGGUGCGUUCACUGAUGCUGCUGGUCUCAACAUCCUUUCUCUCCCAGACACCUUGCAAGAUGAGGUCCUCAGAGCAUAUUACUCUAAUACUGGCCUCGAGUACUCAAUGGGACGGGUUCCAAUCGGUGGAACAGAUUUCAGCACUCGUCCAUAUACUUAUGAUGACCUAAAACCUGGGGAAACAGACCCCACUUUGGCAAAGUUUGCAUUAGCUCCAGAGGACCUGAAGUAUAAGAUACCACUAAUUCAAAGGGCAGCAAAGAUCUCAAAAAAGCCAAUCAAACUGUUUGGCUCUGCCUGGGGAGCUCCGGCUUGGAUGAAGAACAAUGGCAAGAUUUGGGGUAAAGGGAAGCUCAAUACCAGUGCAUAUACAACAUGGGCUAAUUACCAUGUCAAAUUUCUGGAAAGUUAUGCAAAACACAACAUCAGUUUUUGGGGUUUGACUACUCAGAAUGAACCAACUGAUGGCCUUGUCAAGGAUUUCCAGUUCAAUGCUAUUGGUUGGACCCCACAGGAGCAGGCAGAAUGGAUAGGAAAACAUCUUGGCCCUACCCUGAAGAACCACAGUUUAUCCUCUGUCAAGAUCAUGAUAAUGGAUGACAACCGACUGCUCUUGCCCAAGUGGGUAGAAGAUGUAAUGGCUGAUAAAGAGGCACAGUCCUAUGUAUCUGGUGUUGGCAUUCAUUGGUACCUGGAUUUUGUAACUCCUGCCUUGGCCCUUGAUCUCACACAUGAACGAUUCCCUGACUUGUUUUUGCUCUAUACUGAGGCUUGUACAGGUCAGUGGCCAUGGCAACCACUUAAAGUUGUCUUAGGGUCGUGGGUGCGGGCAGAGGACUAUGCAUCUGACAUCAUUGAGAACCUCCAACAUUGGGUAUCAGGCUGGACUGAUUGGAACCUGGCGCUGGAUGUCAAGGGAGGACCUAACUGGGUGAAAAAUAAUGUUGACUCACCCAUUAUUGUCAAUGCUCCCCGCAAGGAAUUCUACAAGCAACCAAUGUAUUAUGCGCUGGCCCAUUUCACAAAGGCUUUGCCCGAAGGAAGCCGUCGAAUCGAUCUCAGUGCCACAAUGCUCUCUGACUCUGUGUCCCUCCCUGUGUAUAGAGUAGCCUUUGCUCAGCCAGACAACACCAUAGUGCUUUUCAUUGUUAAUCGAUAUCACAGUCAGGUCCAAAUGAGGAUUUCAGACAAGAUGCUGGGGCAGUUUGACAUGUAUGUGGAUGCACACACUAUCAUGACAAUUGCUUGGAAGAACUAGCUGUUCAUGGCAUUUAAGACAUGUUUAUGUAUUUUUCCACAGUGUUAAUGGGGUUUUAAGAUAAUAUCAAAAUAAGCUAUUAUCUUACUGGUGCUGAAAAUUAAGCAUAGAUAAGUGAUUAACCUGUUGGAUCGUGGCAUGCAUGUGGCCCAAAAUCCAGGCAUUAGGCUUACUUGAGUGGCUACUCUCCUAGGCUUUUGGCUUGUUGACUCAGUAUCAUGACUCCUUGCCUCCACUUAGUAAGCAAGCCCCAUCCUAAAGACCCACUGACUAAAUCUCAGUUAUUAUGGCAACAAAUUACCACGAUGAAAUGUUCCUGUCAACAGCCCCUUGGCCAAAUUUUUUCCUUGACAAGACAUUCCGGUCACAUGCCCCUUGGCCAAAUUUUAUCCAUGACAAGACAUUCCGGCUAAUUUUUUCGAUGACAAUACAUUCCAGUCACAUGCCCCUUGGCCAAAUUUUUUCUUGAAAAGAUUUCCACGUAACCUAGAUCCAACAGGUUAAGUGACAAGUUUUUGUUGUGAUUUGUGAAAGAGUUUGCCUUAGUUUACAAUUUUGGGAUUUGUAAUCAGUCUUUCAUGUAGAAGAAAGGUAUCUCAGAUAGCCUUCCCUUUCUUCACACUAUCCUGUGAUAGGAAGAUUAGCAACAUUCCUGUUUGUUCUUCUUCUUCUUCUUCUUCUUCCUUCUGUUGUUCACCUUUUUCUUCUUUUUCUUCUUUUCCUCCUCCUCCUCCUCCUCCUCCUCCUCCUCCUCCUCCUCCUCCUC